AUGAACUUUGCUACUAAGCGCAUACGCGUGGAUGGCAAUGACCGUUCUAUUCUCAUGCAGAAUGAGAACGGUCCCUGCGCCCUGGUUGCGUUGACCAACGUCCUUUUGCUCUCUUCUCACCACGAACAUAGCGAGCUGCUUGAGCUCGUCCAGCCGAAGAAAGUAGACCUCGACCAGCUGCUAACAGUGCUGGCCGACAUCGCCAUAGCUACCAACCCCAAGGAUGAAGAACUCUCUGUGCUCCUGUCCCUAUUGCCCCAGUUGCACACCGGUUUGAACAUCAACCCUAGGUUCGAUGGCACUUUUGAAGACACGAAAGAGCUCUCUGUAUUCAAACUAUUCGAUAUUGAUAUCAUCCAUGGCUGGAUAUCCAGCGAUGACAAAGUACAAAAGUAUACUUAUGAGGAAAGUCAACAAUUACUGACGCAGGCCGUCGACAUCAGAGACCGAGAGACUCCAGGCAGUGGCAACCCACAGGAUGAUAAUAUUCUGGCGGAAGCCAACUUGAUCGAACAAUUUCUAAACGAUUCGUCUACACAAUUAACCCCAAAUGGUCUAAACAACAUAAAUACUACUAUGAAAGAAGGCAAUUAUGCCGUACUGUUCCGAAAUGAUCAUUUUGCAACUAUCACUAAACAUAACGGAAACACAUACGCACUGGUAACUGACCUAGGAUUUCGGUCAUGUAAUAAUAUUGUUUGGGAGUACAUGGGUUCAAUCGAUGGUUCUAACGACAUUUUCUUUGAUGGCAUCUUUGAAGAGACAGAAUUGAAUGAUACUGCGUACACCACAAUGGAAGCUACUGAGAGAAAAGAAAGAGUGGAGCAAGUUGAUAAAGAUGCGCAGUUGGCCCAGCAAUUACAACUAGAAGAAAAUGAAGCUAUACAAGAAGCAGAUAAAAAACAACUUCCCAAGAAAUCAACCAUUCCUAAAACAAAGACGGACAAAAGAGGCACAAAUCACCAUCAAACACCAUCAAAUGCAACAUAUAAACAUACGCACUCCCAUCAUUCCAGAAAAAAUAACAAGAAGCACAAUUCCAUGAAUGCUAAUGCAUCUAACAAAAAAUCCAGUGAUUGUGUGGUUAGCUAA